GGGAGGGCAAACAGCCCUGCUAAAGGAGUGAAAACACACACAAGAGUGAGAAAGCCUAUGACUAUGUGACGGGGAGAGAAAGAGAAGACACAGAGAAGAAAAAGCCAGUGAGACAUAGAAAGGAGAGAGAGAGAGCAGAGGAAACAAAGUGUGAGAGGCAGACGGAGGAAGAACAAAGUGUGAAGGGCUUUUUGCUGCUGCUGUGCUGGGACCAUGUCUCUGAAUGGGAAGGUGGCUUUGGUGACAGGGGGGGCUCAGGGCAUUGGGAAAGCCGUGGUCCAGUCACUACUCAAGAGCUCAGCCAAGGUGGCAGUGGUCGACCUCAACAAGACCUGUGGCGAAGAAUGCAAGGCACAGCUGGACGCCGAGUUUGGAGAGGGCAACUGCACCUUUAUUCCCUGUGAUGUGUCCAAUGGAGACGCACUGAGAGACCUCUGUAAUUAAAGGGACCUACUUGGCUCUGGAACACAUGAGUAAAGAGUACGGCAAGGAAGGCGGCACCAUUAUCAAUGUAUCCUCUAUGGCAGCCUUCUUGCAUUCUCCUCAUCAGCCUGUCUACACUGCUACUAAACACGGAGUCAUCGGCUUCACUAGAGCUAUGGCGGACGCGUCCUCUCAAGGCAACUACGGCGUUCGCAUCAACGUCCUGUGUCCAGCCUUCGUCGACACUCCUCUGCUGCACUCGGUGGAGCACGAGGACAACAUGGGCAAGUUUGUCAAGUUCAAGGACGAUUUCAAACGCAGCAUGAGCAAGUUUGGAGUUUUACA